AUGUCAUAUGGGAGUAGCGACUGGCAGGGUUGGGUUCUCAAUGAAGAGGAAGCUCUUCCUCUCCUCGAACACGCCUACAACCGGGGAAUAAACACCUGGGACACGGCCGACAUCUAUUCCCACGGCCGCUCGGAAGAAAUCAUCGGAAAGUUUCUCAAGCUGAAACAAAUACCUCGCGACCGAGUGGUGAUUAUGACCAAAUGCUAUUUCGGAGUGGAUGACCAGGGCGGCCAGCCACCUAAUCGAGCAACGGUCCACAAUGAUAAAGACUGGGUAAAUCGCGUCGGCCUCUCACGGAAACAUAUCUUCGAUGCGGUCGAAGCUAGCUGUCGACGCCUGGGGACCUACAUUGACGUGCUUCAAAUCCAUCGUCUGGAUCGCAAUACACCUCGGGUGGAGAUCAUGCGAGCUUUGAAUGAUGUCGUGAAUAGUGGCGCAGUGCGAUAUAUCGGUGCUAGCUCGAUGGCCGCCUGGGAAUUCCAAUCCCUACAGAACAUAUCCACACAAAACGGAUGGCACAAGUUCAUUUCCAUGCAAAACUUCCAUAAUCUGCUUGCUCGAGAGGAGGAGCGCGAAAUGAUCCCUUAUUGUCUGGACACUGGGGUUGGACUGAUUCCCUGGUCACCUCUCGCCCGUGGUGUGCUGGCAAGACCAUGGGGUGUCCGGUCGACGAUCCGCGAGAAUACCGAUCUGAGCCUGAAAAGUAUCAUCCGGGAUCGAGAGUCUGCUGUGGACGAGGCGAUUGUGAGACGCGUGGAGGAAGUGGCGAAAAAGAAGGGGGUUAGUAUGGCGCAGGUCGCUAUUGCUUGGUGUUUGAGCCAUCCCGGCGAGAAUCCUAUUCUUGGCUUGAAUAGUAAGGAGCGGAUUGAUGAGGCGGUCGAUGCCAUUGGAGUGGAGCUGACGGUGGAGGAGAUGGAAUACUUGGAGGAGUUAUAUGUGCCGAAAGGUAUUCAUCCGUCGGAGAGGUAG